AUGCUCAUAUUUGCAUUAUUGCAUUUUUGCCCCGUUUCAUGUGAUUUAUUUCAGCCGAAUGGUCGUUUCCAGUUGCACAAAAAAAUAUGCCUCAGCAUUUCGGGCCAUCAUCCGGAGUCCUGGCGGCCAUCCUGGUCCAUUCGCACCGCACUUCUGGCACUUAUUGGUUUCAUGCCAACUCAUGCAGCCGGUGCACUUGGUUCGCUUGAGUAUCCAGCCGAAGAGCGACGAAGACUGGCCAAGCUGUACGAUGAAAAUGAGGCGAAACAGAAAGAAGCGGACGACACUGAUCAGACUGUGCACGCAAUGGGUGAUGGUAUUGGUCGAAAUGAGUGCGCGCAAGACUCAGUGGACACGGCGGAGAAUUUACGUCCGAGGCGCUUGCAGCAGCAACAGCAGCAGGAGCAGUCAGAAGCCGAGCUCAGCACUGGCACGGGAGAUGUGCUGGAGUCGUCGUCGCGCACCUAUUCCUGGGAAUUACUUGGCAUAUUGCUACUUUCUUUUCUGGUUCUUGGCCUGGUGAUGCGACGACUCUUCAUUGUCCAGGGUUUCAAUCAGAUGAUUUGA